AUGGAUAUAAACAAUUAUGAACACUCAAUAAAUAUUAAAAAGCUAAGAAAUGAGUUUGUACAAAGUAUAUUAAAAGAUGAGGAGUAUAAAAAAAAAGACGAUAAAAAAAAAGAUAUAGUAAAAACAUGUAAAAGUUAUAAAGAAUUUUGUGAUAUUGUAAGUGUAAUCAAUAUGAAACCAAUUAAAAAAUAUGAAGAAAAAGUUACAUAUGAAGAUUAUCUAAAUAUGAACCAUUCUACAAAUAAUUUAGAUAAUUUAAAAAAAAAAAAAAAUUAUCUUAAAUUUUUUUCUAUGAACCAUUUGGAAAAUAAUCAAAAUGAUCUCCUUUUAAAUGAUAGCCACCCAAUAAUCCAAAAAAAAAUAAAACAGUUCUUAAAUAUUUUGGACAACAAUAAAGACAAUUACUACAAAUUUAUAAAAUUUAAUUACAACUGUGACGAAAUAAAAGACGUAAUAAUUUUUAUAAAAAAUAAUUGGAAUAUUUUCUUUGAGAUUGACAAAGUAGCUAUUCAUAACAACAUAAUGGACAAUGAACAAAUGGAUAAAAAGAAAAACGUUACAUUCUCAAAUUUAUUAUACUUUUUUUUUAAUUUAAUUAAAUAUUGGAAUGAAGAAAAAUUAUUUCUCUAUUUUACCGCCAACGAACUAAAAGAUAUUAAUUCAAAUAUCAACAUUAUUGGUCAAAAUUUAAAAAAUAUAAAAUUAUCUUCUAAUGAAGAUCUUAUAAUAAAUGACAUUAUAUCUUAUAUAAAAAGUAUAGAUUUAUAA